AGCCGGCUGCCUGCCGGGAGCCAAAACGAAAGCACUCCGUACUGGAAGUAGGAGGAGAGUCGGGACUCCCAGGACAGGGAGUGCACAAACUAUCCAGCACAGCCCCCUCCGCCCCCUUUGGAGGCUGAAGAGGGAUUCCAGCCUCUGCCACCCACAGACAGGGGCUGACUGGGGUGUCUGCCCCCCUUGGGGGGGCAGCACAGGGCCUCAGGCCUGGGUGCCGCCUGGCACCUAGAAGAUGCCUGUGCCCUGGUUCUUGCUGUCCUUGGCACUGGGCCGAAGCCCAGUGGUCCUUUCUCUGGAGAGGCUUGUGGGGCCUCAGGACGCUACCCACUGCUCUCCGGGCCUCUCCUGCCACCUCUGGGACAGUGACAUACUCUGCCUGCCUGGGGACAUCAUGCCUGCUCCGGGCCCCGUGCUGGCGCCUACACAUCUGCAGACAGAGCUGGUGCUGAGGUGCCACAAGGAGACCGACUGUGACCUCUGUGUGCGUGUGGCUGUCCACUUGGCCGUGCAUGGGCACUGGGAAGAGCCUGAAGAUGAGGAAAAGUUUGGAGGAGCAGCUGACCCAGGGGUGGAAGAGCCUAGGAAUGCCUCUCUCCAGGCCCAAGUCGUGCUCUCCUUCCAGGCCUACCCUACUGCCCGCUGUGUCCUGCUGGAGGUGCAAGUGCCUGCUGCCCUUGUGCAGUUUGGUCAGUCUGUGGGCUCUGUGGUAUAUGACUGCUUCGAGGCUGCCCUAGGGAGUGAGGUACGAAUCUGGUCCUAUACUCAGCCCAGGUACGAGAAGGAACUCAACCUCACACAGCAGCUGCCUGACUGCAGGGGGCUGGAAGUCCGGAACAGCAUCCCGAGCUGCUGGGCCCUGCCCUGGCUCAACGUGUCAGCAGAUGGUGACAACGUGCAUCUUGUUCUGAAUGUCUCUGAGGAGCAGCACUUCGGCCUCUCCCUGUACUGGAAUCAGGUCCAGGGCCCCCCAAAACCCCGGUGGCACAAAAACCUGACUGGACCGCAGAUCAUUACCUUGAACCACACAGACCUGGUUCCCUGCCUCUGUAUUCAGGUGUGGCCUCUGGAACCUGACUCCGUUAGGACGAACAUCUGCCCCUUCAGGGAGGACCCCCGCGCACACCGGAACCUCUGGCGAGCCGCCCGCCUGCGACUGCUGACCCUGCAGAGCUGGCUGCUGGACGCACCGUGCUCGCUGCCCGCAGAAGCGGCACUGUGCUGGCGGGCUCCGGGUGGGGACCCCUGCCAGCCACUGGUCCCACCGCUUUCCUGGGAGAAUGUCACUGUGGAUAAGGUUCUCGAGUUCCCAUUGCUGAAAGGCCACCCUAACCUCUGUGUUCAGGUGAACAGCUGGGAGAAGCUGCAGCUGCAGGAGUGCUUGUGGGCUGACUCCCUGGGGCCUCUCAAAGACGAUGUGCUACUGUUGGAGACACGAGGCCCCCAGGACAACAGAUCCCUUUGUGCCUUGGAACCCAGUGGCUGUACUUCACUACCCAGCAAAGCCUCCACGAGGGCAGCUCGCCUUGGAGAGUACUUACUACAAGACCUGCAGUCAGGCCAGUGUCUGCAGCUAUGGGAUGAUGACUUGGGAGCGCUAUGGGCCUGCCCCAUGGACAAAUACAUCCACAAGCGCUGGGCCCUCGUGUGGCUGGCCUGCCUACUCUUUGCCGCUGCGCUUUCCCUCAUCCUCCUUCUCAAAAAGGAUCACGCGAAAGGGUGGCUGAGGCUCUUGAAACAGGACGUCCGGUCGGGGGCGGCCGCCAGAAGCCGCGCGGCUCUGCUCCUCUACUCAGCCGAUGACUCGGGCUUCGAGCGCCUGGUUGGCGCCCUGGCGUCGGCGCUGUGCCAGCUGCCGCUGCGCGUAGCCGUAGACCUGUGGAGCCGUCGUGAACUGAGCGCGCAGGGGCCCGUGGCUUGGUUCCACGCGCAGCGGCGCCAGACCCUGCAGGAGGGCGGCGUGGUGGUCUUGCUCUUCUCGCCCGGUGCGGUGGCGCUGUGCAGCGAGUGGCUACAGGACGGGGUGUCCGCGCCCGGGGCGCACGGCCCGCACGACGCCUUCCGCGCCUCGCUCAGCUGCGUGCUGCCCGACUUCUUGCAGGGCCGUGCGCCCGGCAGCUACGUGGGGGCCUGCUUCGACAGGCUGCUCCACCCGGACGCCGUACCCGCCCUUUUCCGCACCGUGCCCGUCUUCACACUGCCCUCCCAACUGCCGGACUUCCUGGGGGCCCUGCAGCAGCCCCGCGCCGCGCGUUCCGGGCGGCUCCAAGAGAGGGCGGAGCAAGUGUCCCGGGCCCUUCAGCCAGCCCUGGAUAGCUACUUCCAUCCCCCGGGGACUCCCGCGCCGGGACGUGGGGUGGGACCUGGGGCGGGGGACGGGACUUAAAUAAAGGCAGACGCUGUUUUUCUACCCA